GGGAAGCGAUGAAAUGGACGAAGCGAACAUACGAGCAGCGUUUGAAGCAAAACAAAUCGCGCUGGAGCCUCCUCAUGUUCCGAUAAGCCUUUGGAACUUGAAAGGAUGGACGAAACCAAAAGAGCCUGAAGAAGGUGAAGAGCGAGGAUCCGACGCGAACACUGAUCAAAUUGCAGGAGUUGCCAAGUCUCCUGAGCCGGAAAAUAGAUCAGGUUCGUUCGCAAUGACUGGAAGGCCCACUUCUGGUGCAAAUCAAAUGACGGACAGGAAGAACGAUGGUCAGCAAGCUAAAAAGUUUGUUGAAGGCGGGAACCAGGAGGAGGUGAAGUUGAUUGAACAGUGUAGGGAUACUUUCGAUAGUUGCAUUUUCUCUCCCGAUGGCCCUGUCGAUCUUCCAAAAAAUCUCGCAUCUUCAUCAUCUUCGAGCAGCUCCUCGUGGAGAGUUACCAAAGGCAGUGCGGGACAUCAAGUGACGAGAAAGAGAAACUCCGCGGGAGGUCUCAAAAUAGCCUUUGAUGAGUGGCAACCAUGGCGAUUUGACGCGGGAUACUCAGAGAAAGAGCCCUCCGUUCUAGGACUCCGCGACUCCAGCACACAGUUGCUCCACUUUUGGAAUGAAAUGAGUGAGAUUCUCUACCAAGAGCAGCGGGAUGGCAGCGAAAUACCAAUCCUUGCAGGGCAUCCGUCCCUUGUCAUGUUCGACAUGAACGGCUCAAGAUCUAGCAAGCACUUGAUUCUACAGGUUGAAAUGGAAGACGAUACGGAGCAGCAGCAGGAAAAUACUGAGGACAAGAUGAAAAAGGCACAUGCUGAAGAAAAUUUGGCCGAAGAAGAUGAUGAUUGCACGAGGAUUGCAAUUUUCGACGAUAGCGCUGUAGUCCCGUUAACGUCGAGCGGCAAUGAAGACGAAGAAAUCGAAGAAAGCGGAC